CAAUUGGCUUUGCGAAUGGUGAAGAACAACGACGGAAAUCACAAAGGAGUCAAAGGACUAAGGCCAGUUCAUCUAGAACCCACCCAAACAGGUCCACCUCCACCACCUGACCAUGAGAGGCCCAACAUAAACCCAUCAGAAUAUUCCUCAGAAGAAUGGACUGUGCACUGGCCCCUGUCCAUGGAGCGCAACGAGCAGCACAAAACACCACAGGUUGGCCCAGAUUCAACAGAGGUCGCUGAGCAACCAUCCCAACCCCAGAGCCAGGGUAUAGACUGCUACAUACCAGGAGAGAUGGAUAUCUCACCAUCACAUGAAUUGGAUCACCCUUUUUCAAGCAUGACAUUUGUUGAUGAAGAGGCAGAGCAAUUACAUGAUGACAUCACCACACCUCCUCGAGUGUAUUUGUCAAUGGACAUGUCAGAGUCCAUUGUUCCCCCUGAAGUGAGACCCAAACCUGCUGUCCCUGCCAAGCCCCCUCAUGUGGCAGCACCAUCCCCCACAGCACCCCAUGGACCAUCAGGGCUAGGUGGUGGGUUCGGGGUUGAUCGAGUUCCAGGGUUGGGACACUCUGGCAGUGGAUCCACGUUGCUGGGAUACAUUGGGAUUGACACCAUCAUCGAGCAGAUGAGGAAGAAGACCAUGAAGGCUGGUUUCGACUUCAAUAUUAUGAUAGUGGGUCACAGCGGGCUGGGGAAGUCAACGCUGGUGAACACGCUGUUCAAGUCCCAGGUCAGCAGGUGGAGCUCAGGAUGGGGCGGCGAGCAUAAGAUCCCCAAGACAGUGGAGAUCAAGGCUGUGUCCCACGUGAUCGAGGAGGGCGGAGUGAAGAUGAAGUUGACAGUAAUCGACACACCGGGUUUUGGUGAUCAGAUCAACAAUGAAAACUGCUGGGAUCCCAUCUCCAAGUACAUCAACGAGCAGUAUGAGAAGUUCCUGAAGGAAGAGGUCAAUAUUGCCCGAAAGAAGCGAAUCCCUGACACCAGAGUUCACUGCUGCCUCUACUUUAUCUCCCCAACUGGACACUCUCUUCGACAGCUAGACAUUGAGUUUAUGAAGCACCUAAGUCGUGUGGUGAACAUCAUCCCCGUCAUCGCCAAGUCUGACACCAUGACCCCUGACGAGAAGAAUGAGUUCAAACACAGGGUGAGGAAGGAGCUGGAGACGCAUGGGAUUGAGUACUACCCGCAGAAUGAGUUUGAUGAUGAUAUGGAGGAUAAGAAUGAAAAUGACAAGAUUAGGGAGGCCAUGCCCUUUGCAGUGGUGGGCAGCGACAAGGAGUUCCAAGUGAACGGCAAACGGGUUCUGGGGAGGAAGACAGCCUGGGGUGUGGUAGAAGUUGAAAAUCCCAAUCACUGCGAAUUUGCUCUGCUACGAGAUUUCCUCAUCAGGUCUCACCUCCAGGACCUGAAGGAAGUCACCCACAACAUUCACUAUGAAACCUACCGCGCCAGGAGACUCAACGACAACGGAGGUCUGCACCCCAUCUCGGCCAACAACACUCAGGAGAGCAACCUUUAAAUUUAGGACUAGGGAUUAAGGAAAGAGAGAGAUAAACAGAGAGACCAAAAGCAAAAGAUAUUGAUAGACAAUUCUAUGUUGUGAUAUGAGCAUCACUGCAUGCUUUGGAGAACAUUAUAGAUGUGGAAUUCAUUGUCAAAAUAUCAUGUUAGGAGAGCUUUCAUUCCAAAACACGUCCUACGUCUCCCUUUCCUCCGCCCAUCGUCCUAAACCACCCACACUCACAUCCCAGUUACACCUGGGAUUAACCUUUUGAUCCUGCAAUCUAAAACAAGGCCAACCCCAGUGUUUC